GUGUUUUCCUUAUCGCCAUUGGACUUCCUCUCCGCCGCUCAAAGCUGCUGCUGCUGCGUCUCCAGACACUUCCUGCACCGAGCCACAGUUUUCACAGCAAGCGACCGCCUGUCGUCGUGAGGGGGAGACAAGAUGAGGAACAAAGAUCUUUGGGAGGGAACGUGAGGCUUGACUCAAGGACUUUACCAUGACAUAAACUAAGGACCCACCUGGAACUGUCUCCUUGUUUGUCUUUUGUUUUGUUUCUGUUUUAAUUUUUUCGUUGUCUAGUCUCCACUCGUCUUACCCAGUGUUCGCCCUCUUCUCGUGGAGAACAGAUGAUGAAGUAGUGUACAGGGAGUAUUUGUUUGGAUGAAACUUUUAUGUAUCACACUACUGUCUACAGGUCUGGCCUAGUCGCUCCUCUUGUCUGCCUCCUAUUUAUCACUGAGAUUAAAGAUAGCAAUAGAGGUAUCAGAGGUCAUGAAAAAGCCUGCACUUAUCAUAUCUUUGUGGCAUUAAUGACAUUUUGGCCAGCACUUACCAUGCAACAUACUCUACAGAAUUCUUUCCUUGUGUAUUAAUUUAAUUAAAUUUUUUAGCCUCCUUGUUUAAACAAGGUGUGUUUGUUUGUCUUAUUCGUUCUUAAUAGAUUUUCUUUCAGUGCAACUAAGAGUUUUGUCCAUUUGUGUAAUUAUUUAAAGAUUUAUUGUUAAUGUUGAGGAGCUGCUCAGCUGCCUUAUAUUGUUAUCACAAUAGGCUGCUUUAAGUCGUAAUAUAAACUUUUUUUUUUUUUUACUUAUGCAAUCUUUGUGAACAUUUGUUUAAAUGACUGAUCUUGUAGUGGAAAAAAUACAUUUUUAAGUUCUGUUGUUUUUGAAUAUGUUGAAGUAUCGCUCACUCAUUUUUCCACUGGCAGUAAACUGUAGAAGCUGACGGCUCUUCAGAUCAAACUGUGAUGGGAGCUCUCUAACUGUGACACAAAGACUGAUCUUUAGCAGUUUCCAUCUUCACUGGAUAAAUACUCUACACAGAAGAACCUUUAAACUGGAAGGAGUUUUUCCUUUUCUUUUCAAAUGAAGACAAACCUGAAAUAGACAGAUGGAAACAGAAACUCAGAGCUGAUUUUUUUGUGACUUUGUCUCUUGAAUCCAAACACUGAAGAGGGAGAAUGAUUUUGAGGAGAUUUCAGGGAUAAAGCUCCCAGACUGACAUUCAGACACAUUUUGACUUUACCUGCAAAUCUUGAAGAGCUGCCAGAUUCCACUCUUCAAGUCUCUAACUGUAGAACAAAGACCUUGAAGCUUGUCAGACCGACUUUUUCCUGAUAAGCGUCGUCCCCUUCAGCAGUGAGGAUGCGAUCUCCAGAACCAUCUUCACCCUCCACAGCAGAAGCUCUUCUUCAUGGCCAGUUUGCCAGCUGGGGCUCAGGCAGCAACAGCAACAAUAACAGCUGCCCCAACAGCCCUGGUGGUCCAGGGGGACUCUCCCCCGCUGCCUCCCCUACUCCGGCUCCGGCCUCCAACUAUGCCUUGACCCUCACCCACACCCACAUACAUAUCCAGCGGCUGUCGCCACGGCCAGGGAAGGAAGCCCGUCUCUUGCUGCCUUUAACAGAGCUGGUGGGGUGCAGCUGCCCUCGUGCCCCCGCGCCCCCUCUCCUGGUGCUGUACUGGUACCCGCCAGGCAAGCGGCGGAAAGGGGUGUCUCGGCGCAGGCAGGUGAGGGCCUACCUGGCAGAGAGCAGGCCUGAAGCUGAGCGGUGGUCAGCUGCUGUGCAGUGUCUACUCAGAGGUGUGACCGUCACUGCUGACACAGAAUUUUCAAGAAGUCUGCUACCUCGUCCCAGGCGACUACUGUUAUUGGUCAAUCCCUUUAGCGGGAGAGGCCAGGCAAUGCAGUGGUGUCAGACCCACAUCCUGCCAAUGAUCAGAGAGGCCAACAUCAGCUACAACCUUAUACAGACAGAGCGUCAGAACCACGCCAGAGAGCUCAUCAGAGAGAUAUCGCUCCCAGAGUGGGAUGGCAUCAUCAUUGUCUCUGGAGACGGCCUGCUGCAUGAGGUAAUUAAUGGGCUGAUGGAGCGUCCUGACUGGGAACAAGCAAUAAAAACACCUGUCGGCAUUCUUCCCUGUGGCUCCGGGAAUGCCCUGGCUGGCUCCAUCAACCACCAUGCAGGGUAUGACAUGUGCCUUCGGGAGCCCCUCCUUUUGAAUUGCUGCUUUUUGCUCUGUCGAGGCGGUGUCCGACCCAUGGACGUGGUCUCCGUGACAACGAGCCCUCCCUCCAACAACAGUCGUAAUGCAGCACCCAGGAGACUGUUCUCUUUCCUCUCUGUUGCCUGGGGCUUUGUGUCUGAUGUGGACAUUGAGAGUGAGAGGUAUCGCGGCCUGGGCUCAGCUCGCUUCACCCUGGGCACCCUGGUGCGCAUAGCCUCUCUUCGAUCCUACAAGGGUCGUCUGUCCUACCUGCCUCCUUCUAUUAGCAACUCAUCACCAGAUGCCACACCUCCUCCGCCGAGGAGACCCCUCUCCCGCAGCAUCACAGAAGGCCUGGAAGGCUUCUGUCGAACGCCCAUCCAUCGCACUUGCUCCGACAUGGGCAUCAGUGAACAGAGGAGCCUGCGCAGGGGUGAGGGAGAGAGGGAAAAAGAGGAGAGGCAGAAAGAAAGGGAGAGAAGACGGGAGAGGGCUCGGGGGGGAGGAACUGGCGUGGUGAGGGCGAGCAGCCUGGCAGAGGACAGAGAGAGAGAACGGGAGGGGGAGAUGGAGAUGGAAGCAGAAGAGGAGAGGUCAGGGACAUGUUCGGAGAGUUCAGAAUCAAUUGAAAGGGAAGACUGCAAUAUGGGAAGGGGAGAAAGGUUGGCGGGGAUCAAGGAUGAAAGGGAAGACGAGGGAAGGACAGAGCAAGACUCCAGUGAGAUGGAGGAAGAGGACAGGGGGAAGGAUGGGGAAGGCAGUGGUGGUUCUGCAGAGGGGGAGAGUGUGAUGCAUGCAAGAGAGCAGGGAGUAGACAUGGGGCGAGAGGCAGAUGAAGACCCAGAAGUUUGUCUCACUUACCAAGAUGGCCUUCAGGAAGCCAGACAGUCGCUAAGGAAGAAUUCAGCCCCUUCCAGCCAGAUAGCCAACGCUCUCUUCGGUCAGCCUCUCAGUCAGGAGGCUGACGCAGACUCUGGCACUUCAUACGGUGUAGAGGACAUGGAUCUAAACGGGACCUACUACCAGAAAGAACCCUACCAAAUGGAUGUUGCUCGUGAGCGAUCUCUCACCAUCUCGUCUCCCUUUCGUCACUCUCCCUUCUCUUACAAGCCCAAGGCCCUGGACCAAAACCAGAACGCCACCCGGCCGAGGCCCCUCUCUCUCCUCCAGCACUCCCACUCAAACUCCCUCCCCCCCAAACUCCCCUCACUGUCCCUGUCUCUUUCUCCCACACCCCCAUCUUCUCCAUCAUGUGCGUCCCCACACUCUUCAUCCUACCUCGUCCCCCGUCCCAACACCCCAAACUCCACCUCUCCCUCCCCCUCUCUACGCACACCGUCCUCAUCUUUUAACUUUGAUAUUGCCGAGCCAGCAGGACCCCUGAAGAACCGUCCUUACGUCCCACUGCCUUUUAAUAUCCCUAAGGAUGACUUGUUACCGCCCCUAGACCAACCCCUUCCCACCAGAGACUGGGUCACCAUUGAAGGGGACUUUGUCCUGGUCCUGGCCCUUUAUCAGUCCCACCUCGGGGCUGAUCUUCAUGCUGCACCCCAGGCCAGGUUUGACGAUGGGCUGAUCCACCUGACCUUUGUGCGGGCGGGGAUCUCUAGAGCCACUCUACUGAGACUGUUCUUUGCCAUGGAAAGAGGAACCCACCACUCCGUCAGCUCACCGUAUGUGAGCCACAUUACCUGCAAGGCCUUCAGGCUGCAGCCUCUUUCUACGCGGGGGACACUCACUGUGGACGGAGAGCUGGUGCCCUAUGGGCCACUUCAAGCGCAGGUUCAUCCCUCCAUGGCCCGGCUCAUCGUCGGCGACUCUGGAGUGAAGAUUACCAGAUUCUAAUCAGGGAUUGGUUGAUCUGAUUGACAGAUAACAGCACUCUACUGAAUUAUGUAAUCUCUGUUGUCAUCUAUACUCUGAGAGAGAGGGGGGGCGGAGUAUCUGAAAGACUUAAAAUAGCCUGGAAUGCAGAAACUGCUUUUCUGAGGUUUAAUGAAAGGGAUAACCCACCGAGCCACGCAUCAAUGGAGCACGACUGCAGGGAUUAAUAGCGAAAUUUGAAAAUGGAUGAAAAAUGCGCCUCAUUGCACAGCUGUUGGAUUACGCUCGGCGUACCCUGAGAAGCAUGAAAACUGCACAGCCUGGGAUAGUAAGAGGGAAGAACAAUCGAAUGUUUAAGGAUAUUUUUUUGUGCAGAUAGUGCAUGUGUUGGAUGUAUACGUAGUAGUAUGCAUGCAGAGAAGCACUACCUGAAUUUUGCCUUUCGAUCAGAUGGAAUUAAAUUAAGAGAGAAUUGUUCUUAACAUGAAAUGCUAUAAGAAUACAAUGAGAUUCACUCGGGUCAACACCCCAUUAAUGUUAGCCCCAAGCUUCAGUCUUCAACCCCACCCCAGAUGUUUGAGUAUAAAAACUUCCGUCCAUGAAAGGAAUGCCUUAUCUGACACUGGACAGUACAGUUGUAUUUUUGCCCCUAGUUUCUCUUACACAAGAAACCCAAAUAUUCUUAAUCUUUAUCCACCUGCCAUAGCGUCCGUCCACUACAUCAAAGCUAUCUACUUAGACAAAGUGGUAGACCCACCUACCUACUGUUAUCUUUGAGCACACUACUCUCCACUGUGUUAAGUGUCAGUGGAGAAAAAUGUGGAUAAAUAUACACUUUAAUGUUCAUACAAGCAGUUUAGAGCAGCGAGAUCAAAUGUCAGGGUCUUUACAUCAGAAGGAGCAAUGGAACUGUUGAACGGUGACCAUUACUGACAUUUUUGCAUAAUCUGCCUGUUUUUCUUAGCCAGUGGAUGCACGACGAUGAUGUCAGUGAUAUCACACUUUGCAGCAUAUCGAACAAAAGGAAAAUGAAUGAAACAAGCAUAUUUGUCAGUGGAUUUAGACUGUUCAUUAUCAGGAAAUGUUUCACAGAUGUCUAGAAUAUAUCACUAUCUCCAAGUAAUCAUCUUUGGAAGUACAGAGGACAUUACACGCCUCUGUUUAGACGUUGUUUUGCACAUUAACUGGAGUUGAAGCAGCACAGAAAAUCACAACACUAGACUGCAUAGUAACUUUUAAAUACAGCUACAGAGUAACGCAGAAUCUGAUUCAAUGCUUUGUUCUAGUAAUAGACGCACUAGUAUUAAUAGUCCAGUUACUAUAAUAAAUGGAUCACAUUACAUUCCUCGCCUGAAAUGAAUCAAAUGUCUCAAGUUGAACAUGUAGAAACUUUCAAAUCCUGCUGUAGAGACAAACAAGGGCACAACACUAGACUCCAGCAGCCGUGUGUUCUCACAUCAGACUUUUGAUUAAGAGAUUAACAAGAUGGAGGUUAAACAACUUUAACUGUGAGAGAUUAUCCAGCAGCAGAGCCGACCUGUUGAACUGACUGAUAAUUUGGGUUUUAAAUUUUAAAAUCUCUUGACAACUUUUUCCGAAUGAUGAUGUGCUCCUUGGUGAAAUCAAACCGCAGAUCUUGGAGCCCUGAUAGAAAUUGUCAUGUUUUAUAAAUUAAUUUUUUUGAAAUGUUAUAAUAAAAUCCUGCUGAUGUACUUGGUCUGGACGAAGGAUAAAUCAUUAGCAUGUGCAGCGUAUCAAUCAGUAAGAUCAUGUGCCGACUGCUUGGGUCAUACUGUAUGUCUUGGUCACACCUGGACAAAUCAAUGCCUUUGUAUAAUAAGCCUGUAAAUUCUGGCUGUUGAUCAUGAACUGUUAAAACCUGACUUGCAGAAAAUGGAGUAAAACUCUUUGCUCACCAGG